AUGAAGAUAGAUUAGGAUUUAGUGGUUUUUAUAACUGGGGCAGCCAGUGGAUUAGGCUUUUAAACUGCUAAAGAUUUGUUAGAUAGAGGUGCUAAGUGUUUUUUAACAGACAGAGAUUCAAUUGAUCAUGAAUUUCUUUAAAGAUAUUCAGCAGAUAAGGUAGUAUUUAGAAAUUUAGAUAUUACAAAUGAAGAAGAUAUUAAGAAAGCUGUUUAAGAAUGUGUAAAAUAUUUUGGUCAUAUUGAUGCCUUAUUGAAUAGUGCAGGUAUUGCUACUAUGCAAUUUGUCACUGAUGAUAGCUUUAAUACUAAAACAAUUACUAAUAUCUUUAACAUAAAUGUUGUGGGAGGUUUAAAUACAAGUAAGUAUGUAGCUCUCUAAAUGGUAAAAUAGUAGAAGGAAAACUAAAAAAGCAAAGAUUAUUUAAUAAUUAACGUGAGCAGUGCUGCAGCAAAUGGAGCUCCAAGUGGACUAAGUAUAUAUGGAGCCACAAAAGGAGCAAUUUUAGCAAUGACUCUUCCUAUGGCUAGAGAUCUUGGUAAAUAUGGAAUUAGAGUAGUAUGCAUUAGCCCUGGAUACUUUAAUACAAAGAUGGGGAAAUCAACUCCAAAGUAGCUUUAUGAUUUUAUGGCUAGAAUGAAUUGUUUAGGUAGAAAUGGAGAACCAUAAGAAUUUAGUUAAGCUGUUUAAGGAGUUAUGGAAUGCUAAUUUUUAACUGGAACUCAUUUUUAUUUAGAUAGUUGUUAUGCCUCACCACAUUUUUGA